GAUAAGAUGAAAAUAUUGCCUUUUAUUUAUAUUCUUAAUUUUGCUUAUGGAGCUUGUGCGACUAGGUGCGAGAAACCUUUAUUAAAGCCAUGGACUCUGAUCGAUCUGAUCAUGAGCAACUAUUCAAGAAGUCAAAUGCCUGAUCCUCGACCAGUUCCAGUUCAAGUUGAAGUUACUAUUCAAGAUAUUAACGAAUUGUCGGUUUUAAGUAGCAGCUUCAGCACUGAUUUAUGGUUUAGUGCUAUUUGGCGUGAUUCACGACUCGCAUUUAAUCAUUUGGAUCCUUGUAGAAUGAAUUUAUCUUUCGAUGAUUCCUUUGAAAAGUUUUUGUGGUCGCCCAAUGUUUGUCUGGUAAAUUCGAAAUCAACAGUGGUUCACAGUUCUCCUAAGGCGAACGUUCUCUUAAUGGUGAUGUCCGAUGGUACUGUCUGGCUCAACUAUAGAGUAAAUGUUCAAGCACCGUGCGAUAUGAAUUUGGCUGAUUUUCCGAUGGAUGUUCAAAAAUGUUAUUUGGUUUUCGAAAGUUAUUCUUAUAAUACUGCAACGGUGAUUAUAAACUGGAUGAAAAAUGCAGUCACAAUUGCAGAAAAUAAUUGGCGAUUAUCUGACUUCAGACUCUCAAAGACUAAGACUUAUCGGCAUAUUGAGGUAUAUUAUAAAGCUGGCGAAUGGUAUAGAUUAACUGUUGAAAUGGAAUUCCAAAGGCUAUAUGGAUCAUACAUUUUGCAGAUGUAUUUGCCAACUUAUACAACGGUCUUUAUUUCGUGGAUUUCAUUUUGCAUCGAAACCAAAGGAAUUCCAGCUCGAAUUAUUUUGGGAGUUAAUUCACUGAUGGCGCUAAUUUUUCAAUUCGGAAAUAUCAUACGGACAUUGCCACCCGUAUCUUAUAUAAAGGCUAUUGACAUAUGGAUGAUAACUUGUGUGGCUUUUAUUUUUGCUUCGAUUUUGGAACUGGCAUAUAUCGCUUACAUGAAAACCGGACCGGAUUAUGACUUUUUUUGUACGACAAUAGUGCAAUAUUUCCAGAUUUCAUGCCGAGAAUAUUAUAGAUUCCGAGAUAGAAGAAUUGCUUGCUUAUCCAUUUAUGAAAAGGAUAUUCAGAUAUGUGCUGAUUUAAAAUUGGCAGUAAAAAAGUCAAGAAGAACUUAUGAUACUAAAAUGGGUCGAAUACAUGAAGAAAACAUUCUUAACAUAGGUAGCCGAGUUGAUCGAAUCUCGUUUUAUGCAUUUCCACUGGUAACUUCAAUUUCUUCAAAUUUUAAACUAGUUAUGCAGAAAACUUAG